AUGGUGUUACCUCUUUCCCUUCUACGGACUGCCCAAAAUCACCCGAUGCUAGUCGAGCUGAAAAAUGGUGAGACUUACAACGGACAUCUUCAAUCAUGCGACUCUUGGAUGAACAUUCACCUACGAGAUGUCAUUUUCACGUCAAAGGACGGCGACCGCUUCUUCAAGAUGGCUGAGGUGUAUAUUCGUGGAUCAACCGUAAAGUAUUUACGAAUUCCGGAUCAGGUGGUCGACUUGGUAAAGCAAGAAGUUGCCGAAGUUCGACGACAGCAAAAAGACGCCCAAAAACAAAGAAAGCAAAUGUCUCGGGGAGGCGGUCGAGGCGGAGGACCCGGAAGAGGAGCCCCACGUGGUGGUGGUGGAGGACCACCAAGGGGAGGAGGGCGUGGUGGCGGACAU